GAAUGUGCAAUGUUAUCUUUCUUAUAGUUGAAGAUGAUGUUAAAAUUGUCUCCCUGGACUUUUCAAGGAACGGUUCCAACUACUUGGUACCAUACUUUACUCUUACAUCUCAUGUAAGGAGAUCCUUGAACUUGAUCCCCUCUCUUUUUUUUUGUGGGAUGAACAGUGGCAUACAACGGUCACGUGUAGGCCGAUGCUGGUUGAGCUUUUUUUUUUGUCAGGCUGUCAAAAUGACUGCGGUUAUCCAACACAAAUGUCACCUCAGCAAUUGCAAAAACUGGUUUUUGUCACCGGGAACAAAAAUAAGCUUCUUGAAGUUCAAGACAUUCUUAAAGGCACUGUCGAUCUUGUUUCUCAUAGCUUAGACUUACCAGAAUUACAAGGUACACCAGAAGAUAUCGCAGCUGAAAAAUGUAAAAUUGCUGCCAAUAUGUUACAAGGCCCAUGCAUUACUGAAGACACAUGUUUGUGCUAUAAUGCCUUGAAUGGCUUGCCAGGACCCUACAUUAAAUGGUUUAUGCAAUCCGUUGGGCAUGAGGGCUUGAACAAACUUCUAGCUGGAUAUGAAGAUAAAUCUGCAUAUGCUCUCUGCACGUUUGCUUUAUCCAAAGGUCCUGGCCAUGAACCCAUCAUUUUUGAUGGCAGAACACCUGGUAAAAUCGUUCCAGCUCGUGGACCUACACACUUUGGCUGGGAUGCUGUAUUCCAGCCUGAUGGAUUUAAUGAAACAUAUGCCGAAAUGGAUAAGGACAUCAAAAACACCAUUUCUCAUAGAUAUAGAGCUUUAGAAAAGUUGAAGGCUUAUCUUGCCUCACAACAGGAGUAACCGAAGUUUUACUCAAACGGCAGACCUCCCUGAUCUGAAUGGCGAUCGUUCAAUUGUGCAACAGCGCGCAACAAUAAAAGAGAAAAU